AUGUCUGAAAAAGAGAGAAAUAUUGCGCCCGCCGAAAAGUCGAGUAGUCGACUCGCGCCGAAGCGAAGCGUUACAGUCUGCAUGGACGCCGACAAAGGCGACUACGUCGAGGAGGAGGGGCACCUCGCGCCGCCGCCUCAGCUGGACGGUGGCGGUGCGGUGGUGGACUCGGAGGAGCUUCGCGCCGGCGCUCAGGAUGAGCGCGCUGCAGCAGCGACGGAGGCAGCGCGGCUCGCUGAUGGAGCAAAGCAGGCGGCGCAGGAGUCGGCGCUGCUCGAGGCACGGGAGGAGCGCGAUCGGCUGGCCGCGGUGGCAAGCCCUUUGGAUGAGGCAAAGCGGUCCCUCGAGGCGGCGAGACGGAAGCGCGACGCCCUAUACUCGCAGCUCGAAUCGGCUGAGGUCCACCUCGCAACUGUCGCGGCGGCGAGAAAUGCGGCGGAGAGGAAGCUGGACCGGCUGGCGGAGCGCGAAGGGAGGCAGCGACAAGUCUCGCCUGUCCGAAAUGCCCCGCCAGUCUCAUUAGGCCAGGCGCCUUCGGCCUCUGACGCAAAGGCGAUGAGGGACUCCUUGAAGCGAGUCAAGGAGGAGAUUCGGGCGAUGGAGCUCCGUCUCCCGGCUCACGAGGAGGCUCGCUUCCACGUGGAGAAGCUUCAGAACGAGCGCCGGAGCGCCAAAAUGCGCGCGGCCGCGCUCAAGGCGGAGAUCCGGCGUCUCCUUGACGAGACGACGAGAGAGCGGGGCGUCCUUGCGGCCCUAGAAGCGGGCGCGGCCCCCACAGACACAGAGCGGCGGGACAAUGCGGAGGUGGUGCGGCUCAAGACGGCCAUCGCGGCCGAGAACACCGCGCGGGCGUCGGCUGAGCGCGAUGCAGCAGCAACUGCGCGCAAGCUGCGCGUGGUUCACACCGCCCUCGCGGGCUUCUUCACCGCUCACCGCCUUUCCUCUGCGAACUGCACGAGGGAGGAGCACGGCGCCGCUCUUGCCGAGUACGUGGCUGCGUGCUCCUCCACAGUCCACGAGGCGGAGAAGCGGGUUGGAUUUCUAGAGGGCAAGGUGGAGCGUCUGCAGCAGCUCUACGACGAGGCGGCCGGUGAACUCACAAAGGUGGUGCAUGCCAGAACGCGCCGCGCCAUGCGACGGCGGCGACCGUUGCCGGCGCUAGAGCCCGGCAUUGAGCGAGCGGCGCCAGAGGAGCUGCCUGCGGCGCCGCCGCCCGAGCCCAUACUGGAGAGACAGCGGCCGUGGCGGACGGGCACAAAGCCGAGGUCGGCAGCGACCGCGCCCAGCCCGAGGCUUGCCAAAGCUGCGCCCAAGCAGGCGCCCAAGCAAGCUCGUUCUCCUGUCCGUGGAGGCCGCCGGUCUGGACGCAAGCUGGAGGAGAGGGCUGCAAACGUUCCGACCGACCGCGGCGCAAGCAACUCUGCACCGGCACCGAAGCCGUUCUUUGGGCUAGCUGCUGCAGAGACGAAGACUACAGAGGCCGCAGAGCCGACGCAGGCGACGGUGGCGCAAGUGGUGGAGGCGGUAGAAGAGGAGGGGGCGAUGGCGGACAUUGAUGUGACGCAAGCGGUAGGAGCCAUGGAGUACCGUGGAGGAGCUAGCGUGGCGAGGCAAGGCUCGGACGAGAGAACAGGGGCGAUGGCGGAACAGGUGGCACAGGAUGCGUCUACUCAUCAUGAGCCUGCUGAUAUGGUGGGGCGAGGCGAUGCCGCAGACAUGCAAGAGGAGACGGCAGUUGCGGCAGUGGAGACCAGCUCGAAGGCCAAGUCGGAGUCGGAGUCAGAGGUCGAAGCGGUUGAGACGCUAAUGCCAGUGCUAAUGCCAGCUGAAGCGACAGAGCCGUCUCAGGGAUUUACCGACGACACGCAGGCCGAAGGUGAAAAGGGCACGGAAACCGACGAGAAGCGGGAGGAGGAGGAGGACACAGCAACCCCCAAGGUGGAGGCGGAGGCGGAAGCAGAGGUGUUAGCCGUGGUGGACGAUGUGUCGACGACAGCAGUGACCGCGGUUGCAGACACGCUGGAGGGAGAGAGGGUGACAGUGGGGCAGGCUGAGGACGGCGCGGUGGAGGAUACAACGGCGGACAAGGUGGGCAAGGAGGCAAAAGCUGAUGAGGUAGAGGGCUCUGCAACGCCAACGUGGGAGGCCGAGGGUCAGCUGCCAUCAUCCGACGAUCACGAUGACAUGGUCAUGGACGAUGAGUGA